AUGAUCUUCUCGGUGGCCUCGCCGAAGGUUAGUGGAGCUGCAGCAGCCUCGGGCGUCUCGGACGACGAAGCAGGCUUUGGAGGAGGUGCAGCUGCUUUCGCCGUCUCGGACUUCUUCACCGGCAUCGGCUUCUGCUUCACCGCCUUCGCCUCCCUGGCCCUCACUUGA